ACUGAGCCAAUUGUGUAGGAUACCAAGGCGAAGCUUUUUUAUGCUUUUACGCUUGCAGUUUUUGAUGAGGUGGUGUAGCCUAGCAUCGCGUAAUUAUGUCAUUAUGCAUAAUCUUAUGGUCCGUUUGUUUUAAACUGAAUUAAUACGACAGAGCGGUUUUGUCGUCUAAAAUUAAGAUGUUUUCAUUUUAGACUACAUUUAAUUAGACUUAAAUGACGAUGAUGCCGUUUCAGUGUUUGUACGCUUCAAUGUUGAUUGAUAGUCGCUUGUAUUCGAAAACUACGCCCAUGAACAUCCUCAACCGCCUCCCGUAACCCCACCAUACACACCCAGGAUGACAUUAGAGCUGAUUUGAUAUCAAGGUUUGAUGCACGGAUUGCGUAGGCUGUCCCACACUUUCUGGUUGUGAUAAAUUCGUCUUUUUGUAUUAAUUAUUUGCCAAAGGGAAUCCCAUGUACUCAAGUUUCUGGAUUAUUUUUUUAUUUCACUAAUGAAGGAUACCGUUUGCCUGGCAAAGAAAUUCCACUUACUACAUACUGUAGCUGUUUGACUUUGAAGGACGCGGAGAUAUUGAGCGCACACGGAGAAGUGGUAAAACUGCAAGCCAGCGUUAAUCUAUCCCUUCAAUGCCCGUCACUAUGUAAGGGGGACGAGAGCUGUUAAAUGUUCGCAGCUGCCGCAACGAAAGACGGGUGCAGGUAGCCUACAGGAGCACAUUUCUUCCUGGAUGUAACUGAAAAGGAUUUUCCUGGUUGAAAACAACACCGACGACCAGAAAACGCGGAUAUAAUCUGUCUACUGGGUUACAAACACAUGUUUUGGGAAUCUUACCAUCUUUUUCAGAGGGUGCCGAAAAAAAUGGGCUUUUAUUCGGUAUAUCCGUGAUUUUAAAAUCUAUACCAUGCCAAUUGUAGAUAUAAAUAAAUAUUAUUUAGUGAAAGACUCCAUUAGAUAUCGAAUUAGAUGGGACUAAUUGAAACGCAAUAACUCUAUUAGGCGUCGUUAAGAGUUCUCAGCUCCCUAUCACCGGUGAAAGGGAAGAAGGCAAUGUGCGGGGUUGUAUUUCUGCUCUCCGCAACUUAAAACGACACGGCGGCGUUUUCUUACGAUUUUACCCGUCUACAACAGUCUAUUGGAUUCGCGUUAUUACACCUCAGCGCUGACAGACAGCGCCGGAGAUUGGUAAAGUCGGAAAGAGGACCGCAAGGAGAGGGAACUCAACCUAAACGAAGAGAAGUAGCCAUCGUCGUUCACAUACAAAACCACUUUCCUUGCAAAAGGACCGUCGCACAGGUGAAUGGACAGCUUCACCUACCAGAGCUGGCACUCCUAGCACCUGGUGCCAGCACCCAUGCCCCUAGGCCACGGCUGCCACCCACAGCGGUUUGGCACUCCGUCCGUAUGUAGCUGCCUACGUCUGGCCGUCUCCGCCUGCCACCCACCACCAGCAGGGUGUUCAUGAGGUGCAGCCCCGCAGCAAGUCACACAAGAUAGAGUUUCGCAGACGACCGGAGGAUGGACAGGUUCAUCUUCUCCCUUCUGGUGCUCGCCGUUUCGGUGAGGGGGCAGCUGUGCCCCAAGCGCUGCAUGUGCCAGAACCUCUCGCCCUCCUUCGCCAUCCUCUGUGCCAAGACAGGGCUGCUCUUCGUGCCCACGGUCAUCGACCGCCGGACUGUGGAGCUGCGGCUGACAGAGAACUUCAUCACGGCGGUGAGGAGAAGGGACUUCGCCAACAUGACCAGCCUCUUGCACUUGACUCUGUCCCGAAACACGAUAAGCCAGAUUAUGCCUUACACCUUUGCGGACCUCAACCGCCUCCGGGCCCUGCACCUGGACAGCAACCGGCUCACCGUGGUGUCCGACGACCACUUCCGCGGGCUGACCAACCUCCGGCACUUGAUCCUCAGCAACAAUCAGCUCCACGACAUCUCGCCGCGAGCGUUCGAGGACUUCCAGGGGACCCUCGAGGACCUGGACCUCUCGUACAACAACCUGGUGGAAAUUCCCUGGGAGACGAUAAGCAAGCUGAACAAUGUCAACACCCUCAACAUGGACCACAACUUGAUAGAGAACGUUCCCCUGGGGAUCUUCGCCAACUUGCACAAGCUCGCCCGUUUGGACAUGACCUCCAACAAGCUCAAAAAGAUCCCCCCGGAUCCUCUUUUCCUCAGGAUCCCCGUCUAUGCGAAGUCAAAGGGUUCGCCCCUCUCCUCGCUGGUCCUCAGCUUCGGGGGGAACCCCCUCCACUGCAACUGCGAGCUCCUGUGGCUUCGCCGGCUCACCCGCGAGGACGACCUAGAGACCUGCGCCUCCCCGUCCGACCUUACCGCCAAAUACUUCUGGACCAUCCCAGAGGAGGAGUUCAUCUGCGACCCGCCGGUGAUGACCAGGAAGUCGCCCAAGACCUUCGCCAUGGAGGGCCAGCCGGUGGGACUGAAGUGCAAGGCCAACGGGGACCCCGACCCGGACAUACACUGGAUCUCCCCCGAGGGCCGCCUGAUCUCCAACACCUCCCGCAUGACCACAUUCAGCAACGGCAGCUUGGAGAUCAACAUAACCUCCCUCAAGGACACGGGCACCUUCACCUGCAUCGCCUCCAACGCUGCCGGUGAGUCCACAGGCACCGUGGAGCUGAUGGUCAACCCGCUCCCCCACCUGGCCAACAGCACCAACCGGGCCCGGGAACCAGACCCGGGGCCAUCUGACAUCCUCACCUCCGCGAAGUCCACCUCUGCGUCGGGAAACGACACCAGAGGGCCGGACAGGAGGGUGGUGCUGGCCGAACUGACGGUCAACUCGGCUCUUAUCAAAUGGCCCUCUCAGCGCCAUGUUCCCGGGAUUAGAAUGUACCAGGUCCAGUACAACAGCUCCUCAGAUGACACCUUAGUCUACAGGAUGAUCCCAUCCACCAGCCAGGACUUCCUGGUGAAGGACCUGGUUUCAGGCCGGGAGUACGACCUGUGCGUGCUGGCGGUCUACGACGACGGCAUCACCUCCCUCACCGCCACGCGGCAGGUGGGCUGCGUGCAGUUUGUGACGGAGACCGAGUACAGCCAGUGCCAGUCCCUCCACAGCCAGUUCCUGGGUGGCACCAUGAUCAUCAUCAUCGGUGGCAUCAUCGUGGCGUCCGUGCUGGUCUUCAUCAUUAUCCUCAUGAUCCGCUACAAGGUCUACAGCCACCAGGGCAGCGGGGAAGGCGGCAAGGCCAUCGCUAACGUGCGCUCCCAGACCAAUGGCGGCCAGGGCGGGCAGGUGGCCCGGUCCUCCUCCAAGGGGGCGGAGGGCCAGGAGGAGCAGAUACUCACGUGCUCCGGGGUGGGCGGUGGGGGGGUCAGCGUCACGGGAGGGGCGGCCCCCGCCUCCUCUCUGAAGGAGUCCAACACCAUGACCUUGGUGGUGGACUGCGAAAAGGUUCAGAUGACCGGGGAGGACAUUCUGUCUCCCACACAGAGGCGGCAGUCCAGGACUUGCAUAGAGCUAAAAAGACGACCGUCGCUAACCGCCAAAGAGGCGAAGAGCGGGGAAGCGAUCGGUGACACGCAAGCUGCUCAGGUCGGGGAAGACAAGAAGAUCCAUCGCGACUGGAGCGAUUUUAAAAUUUGAUGACUCCCUCCGCCGCUCCCGGAGAAGCACCUGUCGCUCUGAAGAAACAUUCCAGGCCGCUGGAAUCAUGGAGGUGACAAGUUGGGACCGUUUUUACCCUUUCCCACUGGACCACCCCAACACCACCAGUUUUUUUGCUUAUACCCGAGAAUACUCCCACACUGUCCCUCCUUGACGACCCUGAGGACUUUCGCUUGGCAACCGGACUCUUUGACACUUGCGCCCCCCCUUCACCUCCGGCUUUGGAGCAUAAACACGUUUUUCUAUACCUGUGGCUCAGACUGUCUGUGUGUCUGUCGACUGCACCAACCGCACCGGGUGCCGCGCUUGGCUGCCCUGACCCCGGGAGGAAGAGAAAUGCAGAAGGUAUGCGUCUUGCUUCAUCCGCCCAGAGUCCGCGUGCACCAAAAAACCCCGGGCAAAGCAAAGCGCACAUCUUCAGAACAUCGUCACCUUACCCCUUCUACCGCCCCCACCAAUGAGCACUGAUAAAAUAAAAAGCCAGCCGCACCAUUCCCAUCCUCAUCGAACACAACCCUCAGGCCCCGAUUAAAUAACUCUCUUCAUCCACCUCUACCCCCACCCCCUACC